AUGAGUUAUCACUCCCGUAGGAUACUGACACCUAGCGCCUCACGCAAGCGUAAGGAGAUGGAGGCCCUACAGUUCCCCACGUCAUCCAAACCGUUAAUUUCACAAACCGCCGUCCAUCGCGGCGUUAGUUUCACAAGCCAGGCGACGACGUCGUACAAAGCGGCGGAGCCGCAGCAGCAGCCGCUGGCAUCCAACCGGCUCCUUGCCGGCUACUUGGCACUCGAGUUCCUGACCAAGGGGACGUUGUUCGGCCAGAGGUUUGACCCGGGCAGGGCCGAGGCCUCACCGGUCCGCGCCGCGGAGGUGAAGAGGAACAGGCCCAGCAAGGAAGCCGAGCCGAGUGGGAAGGCAAAGCCGAAGCCGGAGAGCUACGUUGAGGUGGCAAAUCUGGUGAAGAGCGACGGGGUCCACAUCCCCGGUGUCGUCAACCCCACGCAGCUCGCCAGGUGGAUAGAGAUGUAG